AUGUUCAGAAGGCUUCUGACGGCGACAGUCACUUUUUUCCAGUCCUUCUUUUUACAAGAACACCAGCUAUCGUCAGCUCAAAAAUGGGUGCUCGGAUUAGUCAACUUAGCAGCUGUGGUGCUCUUCUGGGUGCUGUCGUCAUUCCUUGUGAACGACUUGUUCGAAACUAAGAUCUACCGAAAACCGUUUUUCAUAACCUGGAUUAACACGUCUUGUUUCACCUUGUUUCUCAUACCGUACAUGAAGUAUGAGCAUGUCACCAUCAAGGACUUCUCAGCAGUGAUUCGCAAGGCUUGGACGCAGCGUGACUAUACUGCGCUUCGAGACGAGGAGCUGCGUUCUGGAAGUCCUAGCGAGUAUGGGUCUCUGCUAGAGCAGCUUGAUACAUCGGGACCGCCCCCAGAGGUAGUGAAACCAGCAGAUGAGGAGGUGCCUAUGAUUGAGACGAUCAAGCUUUCGCUACAGUUCAUUAUUCUCUGGUUUCUGGCAAACUUGGUGACUAAUUCGUCCUUGUCGUAUACUUCGGUUGCCUCGCAGACGAUCUUGUCGUCGACAUCGUCAUUUUUCACCCUCAUUGUCGGUCACUUCUACAAGAUAGAAUCUAUCAACAGAAACAAGAUCGUUGGAAUCUUACUUUCUUUCGCAGGCGUGUUAAUAGUCACCAAGAUCGACGCGUCUGAGUCCAACAAGAACCCGGUGACAUCGUCAUCGCUUCUCAUACUUUGGGGUAACUUCCUAGCUUUAGCCGGAGCGCUCAUAUACGGUGUAUACACCAUUCUUCUAAAGAAGAAAAUCAUUACUGUGGAUAAAAGGCGGGAGCGUGUUCUCAACACACAUCUCUUUUUUGGCUUUGUCGGCCUCUAUUGCCUUGUGUUCCUCUGGCCAGUAAUCAUCAUUUUACAUUUUACGGGCAUCGAGGAGUUCGAGAUCCCCAAGGGGUCGCAUGUGUUGGGUCUUUUGGGGGCCAAUGCAUUCAUCACGUUUAUUUCUGACUUCUGCUGGUGCAAAGCCGUGCUUCUCACAAGUCCCCUCACCGUUACAGUGGGCCUUUCCCUCACCAUACCUUUGGCCAUGGUUGGUGACUGGUUUAUCCGGGGUUUCCAUGUCAAUGCAUGGUAUGUAUUUGGAGCUGCUGUGGUGACAGCUGGUUUCAUGGUUAUCAAUAAAGACGAGCAGGAAGAGUUUGUCGUGGAAGAACCCGAGGAGGCGUCAUAA